AUUUACGUGGUUUCACAACAUUUUUAUUCUCAUUUAACUUUUAUUUUGGCAAAAUAAACAAAAUUAAUUAAACAAUGUCUUACGAAUCAGAAAUUAAUGAUAUUUAUAAUGAAAAAUUCAAAAAAUUGGUAGAAAUAACAGACUCCCAAAAGGUGGACAUAACAAAGGACCAUAAAGAAAUUGAUGCUUUAAGUCAUCCCCCAAAUAAUCCAGACGACAUUUGGAUAUUUGGUUAUGGAUCUUUAAUAUGGAAAGUUGAUUUUCCUUGCAUUGAUUGGCAACGUGGUUAUAUUUGUGGCUACUUAAGACGCUUUUACCAACAUAGUAUUGAUCACAGGGGUGUUAAAGUAAAACCUGGACGUGUUGUUACCCUAAUACCAGCAAAACCCGAAGAUCGUGUUUAUGGUGUGGCAUAUCGUGUGGCAGCCAAAGAUAAGGAUGUUGUUAUAAAACAUUUGGAUUUUCGUGAGAAAAAUGGUUACCAACGUUGUACGGUACCAUUCCAUGUGUUUCCUGAGGAUCCCAACAAAAGCUGUAUAGACAUUGUUAUUUAUAUAGCAACACCCGAAAAUGAGUCCUGGGCUGGCAGUGAUGAUGAUAGUAAAAUUGACAAAAUUGCGGAACAAAUUUUUACUUCCGCCGGACCAAGUGGCAGAAAUCGUGAUUAUUUAUUCAAUUUGGCUUUAGCGAUGAAUAGUCUAUUUCCUGGAGUUCAUGAUCAACACCUUGUGGAAUUAGAGGCAGCAGUAAAAGCUAGAAUAGAAAGUGAUGAAGUGAGACUCUUAGAAAAGGCUUUAAAAACUGAACUUGCCUAUUGUAAGCAGCAUGUAGUGCAGGAGACAUCAAAGGAAGCAAAUGACUGUGAUAUAAAAAAUAACUCAAACUUUUGUCAAGCAAAAGUGGAUCAUUUGGUUAGGUUUUGUAUGAAAAUUGGGUGGCGUGAAUAUUUUCUAACCAAAGAACUGUAUGGUAUACAUUCCUUAAAUUUAUGGGGCGAUGAGGAUCGCAGACAAUCGUAAUUUUAAUUAUAAAGAAAUAAAUUGGUGAAAGUAAUUUAAACUCGAA